AUGAGAAAGUCAUCAACUGCUUCACAAACUUAUAUUCCAUAUAAUCAUCAACCCUUAUCAUUAAAACAACCAUCAACUACAAAUACUCAUGGUCAUAUACCUAGAUAUUACUUUUUUACUAAAAAGAUUAGAAAUUUAUUACCUUUUCUACUAUUAAUACUAUGUAUGUUCAAAACUACUCAAAUUUAUUUAACUACAGAAAUUAAUCAAUCAGUACUUGAGCAUAAUGCAUUAAUACAAAAUAAACACCUGAGUUUUAAUCCAAAAAAUAUAUUAUUAGAUUUGUUUAAUCAUAUAAUAGAUAUACAGGAAGAAAGUAAACCAAGUAGUUUUUUGGGUAAAGAUCAAGGCAUUUUUUUUCAUUGGGAUGAUUGGAUAGAUUUAGGAGUUGCCAACCAUUUAUUAAAUAAAGCAAGAGUUUCAAGUUCAUCAGGUACUUUCUGCGAUGCAAAUUUGAAAAAAUUUGGAGAUGUAAAUGGUCAUUUUCUUGAAUCUUAUAAUACAAAAAUUUAUAGAGGUAUGGUAAAUUUGUAUUGUCUUAAAGACAUUCCUGAAAAAUUAUUAAUCAAUACAGAUUCAACUAUAAUGGAGGUUCCAGUAAUUGGUAAGAAAAGAUUAGCUGCUAAUGAUGACAAAAGUAUAAAUUCAGUUACUACAGAUCAUUUAAUAACUAAGAUGAAUAGAAUUAAUACAACAAGUGAUCAAUUUAAUUAUAAAAAUAUCGAAUCAUUAGAAAAAACAGUUGAUAUAAAUCCUGAAGAUUUUAUAUUCAAACCAGAUGUGGAAAUAUUUCAAUUGCAAGAAAAGUUAAAUAAUCAAACGAUAACUUCAAAAGAAAUGAAAUAUUUGGAAUUUCUUGAAUAUUCAAAUAAUCAUUUAGUUGAUCAUACUGAUCGAUAUUUUAAAUAUGCUUGGAUAUACACAGACUUGAUUCAAGGUAAUUCGCAUCAUAUUAGUUAUCCAUUUUUUAAAAGAUAUAUUUCAGAUAGAGAGCGUCAAAGUAUAUUACAUCAUAUGAUUCGUAAUUGGUUUCAAUUUUCACAAGCUUAUGGAUUUGCUAGUUGGAUUAAUCAUGGAAGUUUAUUAGGUUGGGCAUUUAAUGGUUUCAAUAUGCCAUGGGAUACAGAUAUAGAUAUACAAAUGCCAAUUGCACAAUUGGAUAAAUUGGCUAAACAAUUUAAUAAAACUUUAAUUAUUGAAAAUCCUAAAUUUGGUAAUGCUAGAUAUUGGUUGGAAAUAGCACCGACAUAUAUUAGACAAGGUAAUGGUAAAUCGUUUAUUGAUGCAAGAUUUAUAGAUAUAAAUCUGGGUUUAUAUAUUGAUAUAACUGCAUUAUCACAUACUGAAGUUCCACCACCAGAAACUAAUGAUAGUAACGAUUUAUCUCAAAUGUCAGUACAUUGUAAGAAUUGGAAUUGGCAUACAUUGGAUGAAUUAUUACCUAUUCGUCAUACUUAUUUUGAAGGUGCUUCUGUUUAUAUUCCAAAUAAAGUAAAUCAAUCAUUAAUGAAUAAAUAUGGUAAAUCAGCAUUGACAAAUACAGAAUUUCAUAAGCAUAAUUAUCAAAAAGAUAUUGAUAUGUGGGUACCGAAUAAAAUAUGUUCAAGAAAACCAAAGAAACCAAAAAAUAGAUUUGAAAAGAAUAAAAAGAAAUUGUCUUUGAAAGGUGCAUGUAAUUCAAAAAUUCUUCAAGAUGAAUAUAAUAUAAUCAGGGAAAUAGUUGAAAGACAUAAAUUACUUAAUGAGGAUUUAGAUAAUCUGGCAUAUUAUAAUAUUGAUGAAAUGGGAGAUUUACCCAUCUUUAGAAAAGAUUCAUGGGAUUAUUAUUAUGAUAUAAAUCACAAAAAUUCAAACAUUGAUAAUUGGUAUGUAAGAAAACAAAUAACAAGAAAGUAA